CUGACUUGUGAAGAUAAAAGGGUGGUCGAGUGAUACAGAUUUUUCGGAAAAUAAAAAUAAAAAAUGAGUUCGUCGCCAUUAUCGUCAUCUCUCUUUCUUCCUCUUUCGAAUUUGUCGGCUCAUGUCCAUGGUCGAAGCCGGAACCUCUGUUUCGGUCGGAAGCAUCAGUGUCUCCGCGUUCGAGCCGCUAAACUGCCAGAGGGGGUGAUAGUGCCAAAAGUAGAACCCAAAUCGCAACCUGCGUUUCUAGGAUUCACAUAUACAGCUGAGAUAUGGAACUCAAGAGCUUGCAUGAUUGGUCUCAUCGGAACUUUCAUCGUCGAACUGAUUCUGAACAAAGGAAUACUUGAGGUGAUUGGUGUAGAGAUCGGAAAAGGGCUUGAUCUUCCUCUGUAAUAUGUUCUUUGUUGCCAACUCUGGACGCAAAAAUAUCUUGUGAAAUGUAAAAUUCCGAGUUAAUUUUUACACAUCAAACUCGUAAAAUUUGUUAUGAAAGUUUACAUCUUUCGAGACUCUUCACACCAUUGUUAUAGCUGUGUAUUGUUGACUUGAGAACUUUAAAGGACACGAGUGGUACGAGCA